AUGAACUCCACAAACUUCCAGCCAUCCUCCCCACCCGGCUCCCUCUCCUUGCCCAAAAAUGUGUCAGGCGGUGUUGGUAUCACCAUCCUGACCUUAGCAUUUGUUCUAGGCUUCCCUGGGAACAUGUUUGUUGUCUGGUCGGUGCUCUGCCGGGUGAAGAAGCGCUCAGUGACGUGUUUGCUGGUGCUAAAUCUGGCUUUGGCUGAUGGCUUUGUGUUGCUUAGUGCCCCUCUUUUCCUGCGUUACCUGGCUGGAGGAAGGGGAUGGGAGUUUGGCUCGGUGGCAUGCAAACUAAUCCAUUACCUGUCAAGUGUCAACAUGUAUGUGUCCAUCUACCUCAUCUGCAUGAUGAGCAUGGACCGCUGGCUGGCUGUCACAAAGCCUUUUAUGUCUCAAAGAAUGAGAACGAAGCGCUCCCUGCUGGUUCUCCUGCUGGGGGUCUGGGUGUUGGCCUUCAUCCUGUCAUUGCCGAUGCCAUUCUACCGCAGCAAUGUGAAGAUAAUAAUAAACAACUUCACGGUGCACCAUUGCAUCCCAUACCACUGGCAAAGUGUGGGUCAUUGGGCCUUCCAGUACCUGUUUGAGACUGUCAUGGGCUGCCUGGUCCCUUUCUCACUCAUCACCUCAUGUUACUCCUCUAUCAUGUGCCGACUGCAAAGUGCAAAGUUCCAGAGCAGAGGAAAAAGCAGCCGCCUCAUCAUAAUGAUCAUCUGUGCCUUUGUCAUAUUCUGGUUGCCGUAUCACAUUGUCAACAUGAUUGAGGUGAUCGGUCUUUUGAAAAACAGGCAGUCGGUGAUUCAAGCUGCACUCACAGUCCGGCCCAUCGUCAUAGCUUUUGCCUACUUCAGCAGUGCCGUUAACCCUCUCCUUUACGUAUUCGCCGGCAGUUCUUACAUCCGCCAGGCUGGGCUGAACUUCAUGGGCAGAAUGUUCGAGGCCACCAACUCAGAAAGCAGAAGUAUGUCCACCUUCUCCCGCAGCGGCUCCUCACCGGAUGAGAGCUCAGUCCUGCAAACACUGUCAGUUAAAAUCGGGAAGCCUUUCAGAAGCAAGAGCAAAGGAAGGCGGAGCAGCAGCGGAGUGGAUAAAGAGACCAUUGAGCCAGAGCUCAAGACACUUGCAACGGUUGAACAGGUAGAAUAA